AUGGGGCAGCAGUUGCGGACGCACCGGAGGCGGAGGAAAUGGCGGCUGUCAGGUGCAGCAGGCUCCAGAGUGGCACAUUUUUCAAGUACACCCGGAGCAGACACGCUCGCCCCGGCUCUGCCUUCGGCCACAGCGGCUCAGAGGACGCUCAGGGAGGGUCAUAGAUGUCGAUGGUUCAGAGAUAAAGCUACAUCAGAGGUGUCAGAGACUGGAACAGUUUCCUGA